GAUCAAUAGUUAUCAAGUAACCCAGGCCCCCCCGACUGGCCCUGCUAAAGAAUUGGUUGAAUUUUCUUGCCCUCUGAUGAUGGAGGAGGCGACGACCUACUUCUCGUUGAGUCUCUUUGACAAUUCGUCCUACGUUGUUGCGGUUUCAUGACUCCGUCGUCGUCGUCGUCGAUGUUGAUGUCGUCUGACUAAAACUAGUUGUCUUCUCUCCCUCUCAUUUCUGUCUCUGAAGUCAUAUAACAACAAUCCAAGCUCGGGAGACGACAGAUCCUUCGCGGGCAGGGCACGCAGAUCUUCUGUCUCACUUUCUUCAUUUCUGCAUCAGGCGGAGACCGAUCCGAUUCAGCGGAUGAUUUUCAUUUAUGAAUUCUGGAAUUAGGAUUAGGGUUUUAUAUAGUUAGUAUUUUAUAGGUAUCUACAUCCGCAUCCGCAGCAGCGGCGGCGGCGGCGGCAGCAGCAGCAUACGUCUGUCGGUGUAUGUGGAAAUGGGGAGGAGCAGAUCGUCGUCGUCCAGCCGAUGGAGGUAUGUGAAUCCGGCCUAUUAUUUGAAGCGACCCAAGCGUCUUGCAUUGCUAUUCAUCGUCUUCGUCUGCGCCACGUUGGUCGUUUGGGAUCGGCACACCCUCGUCAGCGAACACGGGGAAGAGGUUUCCAAGUUGAAUGAUGAAGUAAAUCGGCUACAAAAUAUGCUGGACGAGUUAAAGGGUAAUGGAGGACUUUCAGAUGAAAGAAUGAGUUUAAACAGAAAAACUAGUAGUGUCAUCAACAGAAAGAAUGUUAUUGAUGAUCCCGUCAGCAUUCAACGAAGAGAGAAAGUAAAAGAUGCUAUGAUUCAUGCGUGGAGUUCAUAUGAAAAAUAUGCAUGGGGCCAUGAUGAGCUUCAGCCACAGUCAAAGAAUGGUGUUGAUAGCUUUGGAGGUCUUGGAGCAACACUAGUAGACUCACUGGAUACAUUAUAUAUAAUGGGUCUGGACGAGCAGUUCCAAAGAGCUAAAGAGUGGGUUGCAAACUCAUUGAAUUUCAACAAGAACUAUGAUGCCAGUGUUUUUGAGACAACCAUAAGAGUUGUGGGUGGACUUCUUAGCGCGUAUGAUCUCUCGGGGGACAAAGUUUUCCUUGAAAAGGCUAAAGAUAUUGCAGAUAGACUCCUGCCUGCAUGGGAUACACCUUCUGGCAUUCCCUAUAACGUCAUCAACUUAGCACAUGGAAAUGCACAUAAUCCCGGAUGGACAGGGGGUGAUUCAAUCCUGGCAGAUUCUGGCACAGAGCAGCUGGAAUUUAUUGCUCUUUCUCAAAGAACAGGUGACCCAAAGUAUCAGCAGAAGGUGGAGAAUGUUAUUUCACAGUUGAAUAAAACCUUUCCUGAUGAUGGCCUGCUUCCCAUUUAUAUUAAUCCACACAGAGGGACAUCAUCAUACUCAACCAUAACUUUUGGGGCCAUGGGGGACAGUUUCUAUGAAUAUCUACUCAAAGUUUGGAUUCAAGGGAACAAAACUGCUGCUGUAAAGCAUUACAGAGAAAUGUGGGAAAGAUCCAUGAAAGGGCUGUUAAGCUUGGUCCGGAAAACUAAACCAUCAUCUUUUACUUAUAUCUGUGAGAAGAUUGGGAGUUCUCUUACUGACAAGAUGGAUGAAUUAGCUUGCUUUGCUCCAGGAAUGAUUGCCUUAGGUUCUGCUGGUUAUGGUCCUGAUGAAUCUCAGAAAUUCCUCUCUCUCGCAGAAGAGCUUGCUUGGACGUGCUAUAACUUCUAUCAAUCAACACCCACAAAAUUAGCUGGAGAGAACUAUUUUUUCCAUUCAGGGCAGGACAUGAGUGUCGGUACAUCAUGGAAUAUACUGAGGCCAGAGACAGUGGAAUCACUCUUUUAUCUCUGGAGAUUGACUGGCAACAAGACAUAUCAAGAGUGGGGCUGGAACAUAUUUGAAGCAUUUGAAAAAAAUUCACGGAUCGAGUCAGGAUAUGUUGGACUGAAGGAUGUUAAUUCUGGUGUCAAGGACAAUAUGAUGCAGAGCUUCUUUCUUGCUGAGACACUCAAAUAUUUCUAUCUUCUUUAUUCUCCCCCAAAUGUUAUCCCACUGGAUGAGUGGGUAUUCAACACGGAAGCUCACCCUCUUAGAAUUGUGGCCAGGGAUGGUGAAGGGCAGAAUUCUGGAGGACAAUCUGAUGAAAACAAUAAACAAAUGAGUAGUAGGUCACGAGCAAGGAAAGAAGGUCGAUUCGGUAAUAAUUAGGACCCUACCUACCUACCUACCUCUAUUGGUAAAUCUGUGAUCAUUAAUCAUCGAGUCUCUCGAUGAAGAAGAAUUAGGUUUUCAUUACAUGAAGAGCUGAAAAUCUUAUAUUGCAUCAUAGUAGGAGGAAAAUCGAGUUUGUAUGUUACAUAGUAUUCAAAAAUAGAUGCGGCAUCAAAGAGCCAGCUAUUUCACUUUUGAGGAAUAAUGCUGCUCCACUUUAUUAUAUUUAAUAUGCAGUAAGCUGGUUGAUAGUUAUCAAUGAUCUCCCUUGUAUUUUCACUCUGUUUGUUACCCCCCAUGUCUUGACAGUGAUUACCAUGUAACAUGAAGAUAAGGAGUAUAGGCAAUUCCUUCAUUUUACUAUUACUGAUAGAGGGGGCUUAUGCGGAGGAAUCCUAUGGUUUUUUGUGUUUUUCUGGAUUAAUUAAUUAAUCAUUCCGUAUUCAUGUUUCGCAUGUGCUAU